AAAGCAGUAAACAUAGGGCUUUGUGCUCAAUACGACGCCGUUGCAUUCAUUGACCCCCCAACUCACUCGCGAAAAGCAGUAAAAUGGACCUGAAAAUUUCAGCACCAAAAUUUCAGCUGUGAAUUAACAACAUAAUUUCCCUCGAAAGGAGUGAGCGAGAGCUUGCUCGAUAUGCAGAUGGCGAUAUCAGGAGAUCUCAGUCUAUAUGCACCUUUGAGUUCUUGCAAAUUCAACACCCCUCGAGCCUCAUUUCAUCUUCCACCUUCUAAGAAUAUUUCAUUUGUCGCUAUACAGGUGGAUUGCAACGUGUUUACUAAUGGGCAAAGUCGCUAUACCACCCGUUGUCACUCUAAACGACAUCUGGGGAUUUUUCAGGACUAUAAGCUCUCUCAAAAUCCAAUCAGCCAAGAAUUCGAGAACUUUCUACUCAACGCAAUCAAUUUGAACUUCUUCGAACGCCUAAACCUGGCGUGGAAGAUAAUAUUCCCAUCACCCGCAUCAAAAAAGAAUUCCAACGCCAACAUUGCCAAACAGCGCCUUAAGAUGAUCUUAUUCUCUGACCGGUGUGCAGUCAGUGAAGAGGCCAAACAGAAAAUCGUGACAAACGUUGUGAGUGCCUUGUCUGAUUUUGUCGAAAUCGAGUCUCAGGACAAAGUUCAGUUGAGUGUCUCGACUGAUCCGGAUUUGGGGACUAUUUACUCGGUCACUGUGCCUGUGAGGCGUGUGAGGUCAGAAUAUCAACUUGAUGACGAGAUUGGGUCGAUAACGAAUAUUGAAUAUAAGGACAGAGGAGAAACUUCUGGCUCUGUUGAUGUCAAGUUUGAUUUUUAUGUUCCCAGUGACAAAUCUAAGGAUUUUAAUGUGUGA